AUGUCGUCUACAAAAAAGGUAACACCCUCCGGAAUUGUUACUACUGAAGCUAACGAACGCGUUAUUCCCGCUAGUCGACGCGCGGACGGUAGUCUUCGUAAGGAACGCCGUGUUCGCCCGGGAUUUGUUCCCCAAGAAGAUAUAAUACGAUAUAAAAAUAAAUUCGUAGCAGAACGUGAACCCGAUCCCACACCAACAGUCGAACCACCGAAAACUAAGGCGCAAAAGAAGAAUGCGAAACGAAAUGCAAAGAAAAAAGAUGGAGUUAAAGUGGCGGAGGAAGAAAAAGAAUUAGAAAUGCCUGCUAAUGAAAUUGAUCAGGAAAUUGACAAUUUGCAAGAUAAAGUGUCAAAUAUUACAAUUUCAUCUGAGGAUACGCAGAGUUUUUCAGACUCAACAGUGAUAACUAUAGAACAAUUGGAAGCGACCGCAAAAAAAAUAAAAGCACUUGAAAAGAAGAUAAGACAGAUUGAACGAAUUAAAGAAAAGGAAGCACGUGGUGAAUAUUACAUUGACCUUUUCCAAGGUAAAUUCACGAUGUCUCGAUUUGUACGAGCCUCGAAAUUCAGACACGUUUUUGGUACAGCAGCAAAGUAUGAAAACUGCUUUGAUAAUGUCAAAGUUUCGGCGAAUGCAUGGGAUACCAACCUUGUUAAAGUUAAUUCUCUUUUUGUUGCCAUCAAUUGGAACGCCGGUGGAGGCGGAGCUUUCGCUGUGAUACCACAUAAGAAUGUUGGUAAAAUAAGUGAUGGUAUACCGCUAUAUCGUGGACACACAGCACCAGUAUUGGAUACGGAUUUUGCGACUUUUAAUGAUUAUGUUAUUGCAUCCGGUUCUGAGGACUCUAAGGUAAUGAUUUGGAAUAUUCCAGAGGAACUUGGAGAACCUGAAUCCCCUGACAUUGAGCCGGUCGCUAAAUUGAAUGGCCAUGGACGGAAAGUGGGUCAUGUUUUAUUCCAUCCCGUAGCGGAUAAUGUGCUUGCUUCAACAUCAGCAGACCUUACUGUAAAAUUAUGGGAUAUUGAAAAAGGUCAAGAAAAACAAACACUCCAAGGUUUCGUAGAUUUUAUACAAUCCAUAUCCUGGAAUUAUAAUGGUAGUUUAUUAGCUACGACAUGUCGUGAUAAGAAGCUUAGAAUUUUUGAUGUUCGCUCUGGAAAUGUGAUUAAAGAGGCCUCCAGUCAUCAGGGUAUUAAAGGUUCUAGAGUUGUUUGGCUUGGCGAUACCGAAAGAAUCGUGACAACAGGUUUCUCGAAAAUGAGUGACCGUCAAUUGUUUUUGUGGGACACUGCUAAUCUUGAUAAACCAUUAAAGAGUAUUAUGGUGGACACAUCAUCUGGUGUUCUUAUGCCAUUUUAUGACAAUGAUCUUAAGAUACUAUAUUUGGCUGGAAAGCAUAUUUUAGAUAUAUUAUAUUACGAAUUUGAAAAUGAUGAAUUAUUUUACCUAACUGAAUAUAAAUCAUCUGAACCUCAACGUGGAAUGGCAUUUUUGCCAAAGCGUAGUGUCAAUGUAUCUGAAUGUGAGAUUGACAGAGCUUAUAAGGUUUCUAGUAAUACUAUUGAACCAAUUUCUUUUGUUGUACCAAGAAGGUCUGAUGCAUUCCAAUCAGAUUUAUUCCCUCCAACAUUUAGUGGUGAACCUGCUCUCACAGCAGACGAAUAUUUUAGUGGUAAAAAUGCAAAACCUAAAACUAUUAGCUUAGAGCAUGGUUUUCAGGCUAAAGAGAAGAAAGAAUUCGUUUCUUCUGCGCCAAAGGAAGAAGAAAAUGUUGUACCAACCCCGAAGACUGAAAAAGAAUAUCAAGAUGCAUACCAUCAACUUCGUCAAGAAAAUGAUGACCUUCGAAAUCAAUUGGCACAGCGCGACGUGACAAUUCGAGCAUUAACGAUCCAAUUAGAACAACUGAAGGCAGGAUCAUCUUGA